UCGGUAGUCCUGCUGUUGCUCCGAGACGAGUGCUGGGGACGGCCUGCGUUGACGCGGGAGUAGUUCGUGUUAUCGUGAAUCGGGUUGUUUGCCUGGCGGAGGAGGACUGAUGGGUUAUCCUCAGAGGGAAAAGUAGCUGUUGUGAAGACACCGUGGCGUAGAUGGCAGGACAAAGGAAUUUCGCCACCACUGAAGAGCCUUGGACUGCGACGCCGCGGCGACAACUCUCUGACGACUGGCCGGCCUCGGCGGCUUACACACGCACGCACACGCGGCAGCGGCGGCGGCAGCGGCGGUAGUGGCGACACAGCGUGCGUGGUGAGCUCGGGCCACACUCACUCUCUGGCCUCCGCGCUCACACACUCACUCACACGCCGGCCGUCGCGCGUGACACUACCCACCCGCGGCCCGCCUGCCUCCCGUCCGGCGCCACGCAUCCCGCGGGCACACCCACCCGCCGCUCGCACCACAGUUCCUCGAUCGUGCCUUCUACUGUUCAGCUCUUGUGCUCCACCUAGUGCUGUGUCGUGCGCCACGUGUGGUAUCAUACCCGCUUACCGUCCACUAUAUCCGUCACCGUACGUGUGAAUUGAAAACGAAAUCUUCCAGUGUGUUAAAACUUGAAUUCCGCCCAAUUGUUAUGAAUGUGAACUCUUACUGACGUUUUAAUGCAUAAUAUUUUUUGCUAGCAACAUUUAGUUCUUGAAAAAUAGUCUUGAUAAUAUAAAUGAUAACAGAAAAGAAAGGAAAGAUAAGGACGGUUUGUUCUGCUCUCUUCCCCUUGCCUGUUGUCGCCAAGGGUAAAUGAGGGAAACAGCGUGCAAGUCGGAGUGACCAAUCUGUAAUCGAGUGUCGUGGCCAGAACCUGUAGGCGCUUCCCUGGAGUCCCUCUGUGUUUGUCCGAUAUUUGAAGGCACCGCCAGGUGGUCGUGGCGAAUAUUAACAGGUGGUUGCGCAGUGUGUACCUGAGAACCGAUGCGCGCGAACCCCACCACGCGAUAGGACUAUCCCAGUGUAAACUCAAGGAAUAAAACAAGUGUGAGAGCAUAGUAGUUCAUCUCAAGGAGUCGAGUGCCACCUUAAGGAUAACCGGCAACCAGGUGGUGUCAGGGGUCGCCCAGGUGAGUGGCGAUACGCCUGACGAGGUGAUGAGUGCUAUGAAGAUGCACUAUUCGACCGGCACGCCCCCGUCGUUCCCGAUGCCUCGCAAUCUCUUCUUCUCCAACCUGGAUGAGGUAAGACGCCCUUCCACACCCUCCAACUACAGCCACUACGCCCACACCUCCCCGCGACCAGCUGAGGCGGCGCUGGUGUGGCCCCCGGGCGGGGAGGGGUCGCACAAUAAGGGGGCGGGUGUCGCGGGCGGCGUGGGCGGAUCCUCGCCGCCCACGUCCCAGCAAGCGGCGCCCCAGGGACUGGUGCACUGGAUGAGCGUCAUGGCCGAGCACAUGAACAACCCCCAUCAUGAUGCUGUGCAUUACAUGUGGAAUGGCGUAGAGAGCAAAAUGAACGCGACGCCAGACCAGCACAACUCAUCGUCACCCAUGCAUAAAGGUCACCCCAACAGUUUGGACGAGCGGCUGGAUGGGCGGAGCCUCGACAUCUCGCACAACAUGGCGCCCGCCUCCCUCUACGCCCGUAGCAAUGGGUCGGCGUCAUCCGCCUCCCCGCCCACGGUGUCUACGCCCUCCAUGCUCAUCGUCCCCCAGCCCAUCAACGCCGCCAAGAUGCCGCCCACGCCGCCUGGUAUCGGACAAAACCCGCCCAAUAACGGUUCCGCUCGGAAGUACCAGUGCAAGAUGUGUCCACAGAUCUUCGGAAGCAAGGCCGACCUGCAGUUGCACACUCAGAUCCACAUGCGGGAAGCCAAGCCAUACAAGUGUUCGCAGUGCUCCAAAGCCUUUGCCAACUCAUCCUACUUGUCCCAGCACACUAGGAUUCACUUGGGUAUCAAACCCUACCGUUGCGAGAUUUGCCAGCGCAAGUUCACACAGUUAUCGCAUCUGCAGCAGCACAUCCGUACCCACACCGGGGACAAGCCCUACAAGUGCCGCCACCCGGGAUGCAACAAGGCCUUCAGUCAGCUGUCCAACUUGCAGAGCCACUCCCGCUGCCAUCAGACGGACAAACCCUACAAAUGUAACUCGUGCUACAAGUGCUUCGUGGAUGAGGCCUCUCUCCUGGAGCACAUCCCCAAGCACAAGGAAAGCAAGCACCUCAAGACUCACAUCUGUCAGUAUUGCGGCAAGAGCUACACGCAGGAGACGUAUUUGCAGAAGCACAUGCAGAAGCAUGCUGAGCGGGCAGACAAGAGGCCGCCCCUCUCUGGCCACGGCGUGCGACAGGAGAACCCAUACUGGCCCAAGCCUGACACUACAGCUCUCGAGGCCAUGGACGGCCGCAUGUCGGAAGCGUGUCUUCAGGGCUCCCUCGAUCCUUCCCGUCACUUAGGCCGCGACCACAUUGAUCCUCGUGCGGAGGAGAUCCGCCACACUCCCGCCCACAUGCCUGUCUCAAACAUGUCCUACGACUCCCUUGCUACAAAGACGUCGUCGGCAUUCACGCCCAUCCAGACGAGUAUGUUGCCCAUCAGUGGUGGAACACAGCUGUCCAUGGCGGCGUCAUCAUCACAGCGCUACUUCCCGUACGACCCCAUCAGCUUCCCCAAGACGCACACACAAAUGCCCUCCAUGGACGUCAAGCCCAACCAGUUCCCCAACCAGCUCAUCUCGCUCCAUCAGAUCCGCAACUACGCCCACCAACCCACUAUGAACUCCGACUUGCUCCUGAAGGACAAGGGUGUUACUCAAUAGUGUGUCGAGUGGACCGCGGGCCGCACCCAGGCUCCAAUGUCGACUGAGAGUGGGCCGCAUCAGGUGGCCCACGACUCAGGCGCUUCCCUACGGUGCAGGGGCCGCCGCGUGCGGACCAUGCCGGUAGGAGGGGCUGAAUACAGGGUAUUGAUGGCACGGGGCAAGGGCACGGGAGAGGGCGCCGCCUUGCAGCAGCAGUGGUCAUGGCCGGUGCCCCCGAGUGAGGGCCCGGUGACGAGUUGUGAUACGUGCCCGGUGAUAGCUGGACGAGGUCUGUAAGACAAGUCGCCUGACUCUAAGGAACGCUCGCUUAGCAGGGAAACGUUAGUGUAAAUGUGCAAUAACCACACUAAACGCAAGAGUACACUCGUGUUGCAGGAACUGCUUCUCACGUCUGUUUGUUAGAAAUGCCACUGUUGAGGACUGACCGAAACGGUUGCAGAGCUGUGAGGGACAGGAGAGGGUUUGGGGUCGAGUGGAGUGAGAGCGAGGUGGUAGUGUUAGUGGAGCUCUGCCCCCACCCCCAUGUGUAGCACCAACGGCAUCAAAAAGAAACAAACAGCAGCCAAGCGCUCUCCCGUACAAACCCACCAGAAUACAGUUCACGUUCCUCUUCACUGUUAUAGUGAGCAACUCUCCGAUAUCGUGAUAGCUAAACAAGCAAUACUGUUACUAGUUAUGGUGCCUUCCACCAUCCAUCGAAACCCAUAGAUUCCCCCAACCAUAAUUUUACUUUAACCGUAGCACAAAACAUCACUUUGUUUUAUUUUAAAUUGUAUACGUGAUUUUCUAUGAAAAUAUUGUAUUUUUCAUCUGUUUCCCUGAUCAUCUUAGUACCUAACUUGUUUCUACCAAGCGUACUGACUUGCUCAGCACUGAAAGAUGUUCAACAACCAUCAUGUUACAAAAUUCUCCGGCCUUGGGGGACGAUAGAUUUGUGUAAGAGCUGACAAACAGGUCGCUGAGCAAGCCCGGACGCCCGUAUCUUUCUUCUGUAUGUCCUACCUCCAAAAAGAAAAUAGACGGUUCCAGAUGAAAUUGUUUUAGAUACAUUGUAAUGUUGGACCCAGUUGGCCCCUGUCUUCGGGUCCUUUGGCCCUGGCGUCUGUCAAGGCCACCCCUAGAGUCCUCCAGUGUUUGGACCAGGACUCCCACACCCUAAACCUCGUUGCCCACGCAAGACUGCCUCGCUUGUGUGCGGGCAGUACUAACCUCCUCCAUCCAGGAAGUAUACGAUUAUUUCUACGUCAUGUCUUGUGUGUGUAUUAAAUAACGUCUGAAGUCUCUUGUAGUAGCAAGUUUCCCGUUUUGAAACAGAUAAUAAGGGUCUUAGGAAGAGCUUCUGGCAGACUCAAUAACACGUGUCCUUAAAAGAAUAUAAUUUCAAGUUUUUUGUAUGAAGAUUAGUAUAAUGUAUUGACCAAGUAAUUGUAAAAAGGUCUAUUUGUGAUGACUCUGUCAUUCGGAAGACUGUAGAUUUUCAAAGUGAUUCUGGCCAGGGGUUCGCUUCAUCAUGCCCUUUUAAUACAAUUUUCAGACCUCACUUCAGUCGAAUCUUAAUAAAGGCAAUCAGGGGCCAAGCAUCAAAACUCCACAUGUUACAGUAUUCAGCACUUCUCUGUAAUCUACAUUCUUCCGCCAACAUUCAAAACAGGUACUACACCUUGACUACUGUCUCUUACGGACACUACUACUUUUGUAUGCCGCAAAAGUUCUGUAUUAUGCAUGGGUAGAAGGUUAAUGAAGAAGUACUCAGUAGCGAACAUAGCUAGUAUGACUUGUUACUCCGUUUCCUUUUGUACUUACGAAUAUAGGGAGUGAAAUAUUAGAAUAACGUUGGUUCAUUUUCUAUAUAUUUGCAUGGAUAAUAGAAUGUAGCAACAUCUUCUGUCGUAUAUAAUAUGAAAAAACGUGAUGUUGAUAGACAAAGGAGGUAAAAGGUGUCCGAAUGGAUGAAUGAAUGUGGGAAGAUAAUGUUCGAAUUCUUUAAAAAAAAAAAAGUAGCUUAACACUGUUGUAAGCAGGGCCGCAUUGAGGAUACGUACUGAAAGAAGAAGCUGUUGACCCUCAUUUUUUAUAUAUAUAUAUAUACAUAUACAUAAACUUACGCAUCCAUUUGGAGGGAUUUGUAGUGACCUAACGAGUGAUACUGUGUUUCUACAGAUUCUCAGACGGCAACAAUUCGUCGAUGUUGAAUGGCCUCAUCUGGCAGGGAUCUUGAAUGUGGCUCUGAAACUGUCAGUUGUGAGUGAUAUUUUGUACAGUAGCCGCAGUAAAGUCCGACCUCCCCAUAUGAUGUUACUGUGAGAGGAACUUAAACAUCAAAAUAUGUUUGCUCAACAUAGCGACUUGUUCGUUUUGGCACGUUAACAGAUGUUUGUGUUAUUGUUAAUUCAGGUGUUGACUGUUAUAAACGGCUCGUAAAAAAAGGUCACACUUAUGGGGAAUUCUCGUACUCAACACGACUCGUUUGGUUCAUGCUAAGCUCGUCUGAUUGUGUUCUGAAGUGGUGAUUGUCGCGGCCGGGAGCGGAACCCAUCAGAGUAGAUUUCAGCGUGAACGAACAGCUUGUGCUCUCCACGACAAUUCUCCUCCGGGACGCCUCCUCUGCGCUCUUGUCCAGAACCACGCGGGGGCGGCCACGAGGCUUCGCGAAAGCAUUUGCUCGUUCAAAAUUAAAUGCAUGCAUACAUACAUACACACAUACAUACAUACAUACAUACAUACAUACAUACAUACAUACACACACACACACACACACACACACACACACACACACACACACACACACACACACACACACACACACACACACACACACACACACACAUAUUAACACACACACACACACACACAUUAACACACACACACACGCACGCAUAUACGUACGUACAUAUGUGUGUGUGUGUGUGUGUGCCUGUUUGUCUGUCCACAAACACAUGCACAUGUAUGUAUGCAUGUAUUUGUGUUUGUGUGUAUGUAUGUAUGUAUGUAAGAAUUUUUAAAAAUCUAAAUGUGUCAAGAAUGAUGUAUGUAAAUAGCCGUGAAUGGAAUUCUUCCUCUUCAUCAAUGUAGAUUUCUUUGGAAAGACCACAGUGUUUUAGUCGCGGUGGAAACUCCGAGAAGAAACAUUGCAGUGUGUUUCGACUUGGCCGAAGCCUCGUGCCUCCCCGGGUGUCUGGAUUAGCAAGGCUCGCCCGCACAUCCUCGCAGUGUGAUUGAAGCUGCGUGCAUGGCUUACCAAAUCUUUCAAGAGCUCUUUGGUUAAGAAUAAAAGGUCCUUAAUUGAUGUAAAAAGAAAUCUUUUUUUCCUGCAUCCUUGUCAAUCUUUCUUUCUGUCCAUUCCCCUCAGCUGAAACAACUGCGUCUUUGCUCUUUAUUUUCUUGUCUUCCCCUUCCCCUCUGAACAUCCCGAUGUCUCCCCUUCCCCUCCCUCUUCGCUGACGAAUGUCCGCGGUCUGGACAGCAUGACCUGUUGGUCUGUGCGCGGGUCAGGAGUUGACCUUGCCGCUAAGGUCAAAAGCCCGACACGACGGUCUGUUCGCCAGACCCAAGAGCCGAGUCCGCCCGCCGGCCCGGGUCCUUCGCGGGAUGCCGGCGCUCGCGCGGGGCGGCGAGGCUUGUGGCGGCGGACGGCGCGGCGCAAGACUCGAUCCCUGACAACGCGGUCCUCAGUGUGGAUGCCCUCGCGAGUGGCCGGUGCGGUUCCCCAGUGACGUUCAUGUAUCCAGCUUUGAGUCUGUUUAUUCAUUGAUGUUUACCCCCUCCAAGACCUACGGAAUUAAUCGCGUGAGGAGAGAGUCUUUUUUAGGACGCUGAAGUUAUAUUUGUAUUUUUUUUCUCUUUUUGUUACUGCCACAUAUGAUUGGGAAAUCAAUUAGGCGCUUCUCAAGGUGUGAUAUUAGUAAGUUGGGUGACCCGGCGUGGUGCUUGAGCUGACCUUUGCAUACCGUUAGUGGGUUCACCGGCCCCGCCCACUUGGUUCAUCGUGGGCGGGCCCAUCAACCCACUGCAUGGCCGUAAGACUAGCUGCAAGCGCCAGGCCGUAUCUCACUCUUCACAGUGUGUAACGCUGUCUAAAUUGUGUAAGGUUAGCCCAGAGGCGUAGCGAACCCCAGCAGCCACCCCUUGCAUCGCCGCCGUGGGCGUGGAGAAGAAGAGGGCGGCGGCGCAUCGCGGGCGUGGGCGCUGGGCGGGGGGACACCAUGGGACCCUGUGGUCACGCUGCUGACUCGUACAGUUGUCCGAUGUUCCGGUGCGGAUUUGAUGAGGGCAUCUGAUGCCAAAAAUGGAAGAAAUGAUAAUCGCCUUGACUGUGCGCGAAAAAAUUACGUAAGGAUGAAUUGGGCUUUCAAUCUGUCACAUUUGUAUUGUGGAUUGUUAAGAGUAGCUGCCCGAUGGCUCCGUGCGGUAUGUAUAUAUGUGCAAGGCAAGUGUGAAGGGAAAUCAUGUUAUCUUCAUACGGUUAAAUCACUCGACUAUGUGUUGAAGAAAUGAAUAUGCUAUGGUGCUGCAUUCGUGUUCCUGGUUGGUUAUCAUUUGUUAUCCAGAUGUUGCAUUUUUUUUAGUACCAUGUUUGCCGUUAUUCCAAACAUUUCCGUUAUAGAGAAAGGAGAAGAACAGUCUCCUUUUUUAUCGCCUGUUGAGAAAGAUUUCAAAUGGUUUUGUUACCUCUACUACGGUAGUGGAGCGUAGUACAAAGUAGGCAGAGUAAGAUUAAGCUUAGAAUAUAACAUGUUAAUUGGUGGAAGGAUCUUUCUCAAUAAGCACGACAGACCCAGGAUUUAUUUACAUUACAGAAGAGGUGGGUGGUACAGGGUCGACACUUUGACCUCCAGUAUCCAUGACACUUGAUUAAGUAAGCAGGUCUCUUUCUGCGAGACAAUUUUUACAGGGUAUUUUAUUCUAUAUUGACUCUGUAACCACCCUAUAACUACCUCCAACCUCGUAUAUCUUGCUUAUAAUACGUGAAUCCAACACAGUUAGUGUUGCCAGGGAUCCUAUUCCCAUUUUCUGUAGUUAUAGCCACUUUUUUGUUUAUAUAUGUUUUCUUUGAUUGCCCAUCCUACCCCAUGUCUCUCUCCCGCUUGGUCAAUGCUUGUCUGCAAUGAACGGAUGGAAGUUGUUUCAAGCACAUCACUUUGUAGGUAAUAUUUGUAGUGAUAAUAGGCUCUCUUUUCCUCUAUCAAAUUUGUGAUAGCGCAUCCUAGUAAUAUAAAUAGUGUUAUUUUAACGGGGGAUGUUACAAUGGAAGAUAACCUUUGAAUGCAGGGAAAAAAAACUGGGUUGCAUUUCGAUGCGUACCAAAUGUACUGUAAUAUAGUAAUAUUGACCUUUUCUCUGUAUUCCCAAAGGGCUUAAUGGUUUAACUGUUGUAAUGUCUCUACAAUUAUAUUAUUAUUUGUCCAAUCCUGUAAGAAUUAACGAUGUUCAGUUGUGUUAACUACACAGUAACAUUUGUUUUCAAAGGCAAAGUUUGAGACUGAGUAGACCAAAUAAAUAUAUACAAAAAAGCCAUGUAACCCAAAAAAGUGAAUAGGGGCCUUUUAGUGCAUAACAUUAAUAGUAAUUGAUAUGUACAACGUCUAAUCUUGACUGUAACAUUGUGGAAGGAAUUAGCAGUAGAUUCAACACUGCAAAAGUACAUGACUCUUGAAGCAUGUGGCUGCAUGCCGACUGGUGGUCAUAGUGUCUACUUUUUAUUGUUUCAAUUUAUUUUAUGGUGUGAUCGGGAGCAUGGUUAUUAUUAUUAUCAUUAUUAUCAUCGUUAUUAUUAUUAUUAAUUAUUAUUAUUAUUAUUAUUAUUAUUAUUAUUAUUGUCUUUAGUUUGUUUGGUUAUGUUUAUUAUUAUUGUUAUAAUCAUUAUGUGUCCCAGAUGUUUCACUUUUUGUUCAUCGUAUUUUCUACACCCAUUAUAAUUUCUUCUAAUUUUAAUUUUGUGUUUUCUAGAAUAAUUAAAGUCACCCAUGUAU